AUGUCUACCUCCCCUCCAAACGCCCUGCCUUCCGAUGGUAGCUCUCCCAACUUUGCAGUCAAUAUCAGCGUCGAAACCCUCGAGCAGCUCUUUCAUCUGCGCCAAGACGAAGCUGCCAACACGCUGGGAGUGUCGCUGACCAGCUUCAAGUUGGCCUGCAGGAAGCUCGGCCUCGACCGCUGGCCUUACCUGAGGAAGGCGCAACAGGGCUCGGGCAGCGAAACGCCAGGAAGCAGCUCGACGGGGGUGGGCGACGCUCACGAUGCUGAGGCAGUGCAAGCGACCUUCGACAUGCUCGUGCUGGAGGAGGUGAAGGAAGAGAGAGGAGACAGCAGCACACCAGCCUUGCUGCUAGAAGGUAACUUUGCCAUUGGCCAGCAUGGCGAGGACACGCACAAGCCUUGGGAGCCGAACGGAGAGCAGAUGUGGAGUUUGGAGAGCGAUUGGUUGCAAGAGUACAUGGAGGCGAGUGAAGAGGAGGAAGAGCUUGCUGGGCAGGACGUUGAGAAUGGAUGUCGUAGAAUGAAGUAA